AGGCGAGUAAACGCCGAGGAAAAAGAUGGGCGCCGUGCUGCGGAGUCUCUUUUUGUGGAGUUUUUGUUUGCACAUACGCGCUGUACCACUCCUCCUGUAUGCCAACAGGCGUGAUUUGCGGUUAGUUGAUGCGGCCUCUGGGAACACUGCCAACGCCACAGUGGUGGUAAGCGGUCUGGAGGAUGCAGCCGCCGUGGACUUCGUCUACGCCCAAGGUUUUAUAUACUGGAGUGAUGUGAGCGAAGAGGCCAUUAAGCGCACUGUUUUCAACAGCUCUGGAUCUACUGUUCAAAACACAGUGGUGUCUGGCUUGGCCUCCCCUGAUGGCCUUGCGUGCGAUUGGCUAGGGAAUAAACUAUACUGGACAGACUCGGAAACAAACCGGAUUGAGGUUGCCGAACUUGACGGCUCAUUCAGGAAAGUUUUGUUCUGGCAGGACCUGGACCAGCCAAGGGCAAUCGCUCUGGAUCCGAGCAGAGGGUAUGUGUACUGGACAGACUGGGGGGAGAUCCCGAAAAUUGAAAGGGCGGGUAUGGAUGGUACGAACCGAGCGGUAAUCAUCGAUACGAAUAUCUACUGGCCCAAUGGGCUUACCUUGGACUACAGCCAGAAAAAACUCUACUGGGCAGAUGCCAAGUUCAACUUCAUUCAUUGCUGCAACCUUGAUGGCACAGAGAGAGAGGUGGUGGUGAAGGGCUCCCUUCCGCACCCCUUUGCCCUAACACUGUACGAGGACACACUCUUCUGGACAGAUUGGAAUACACACUCCAUCCACUCAUGCCAGAAGCAGACGGGGGAGGAACGACGUGAAGUCCACUCGCACAUCUUUUCGCCCAUGGACAUUCAUGUUUUCAGCCAAAAAAGACAAACCAUGGAUGUGAUGAGUCCUUGCUCUCUGAAAAAUGGCGGCUGUUCCCACCUUUGCCUGCUUUCUCCAGUAAAACCCUACUAUCAGUGUGCCUGUCCUACAGGCGUGCAGCUUCUGGAAGACAACAAGACCUGCAGAAACGAAGCCACAAAGUUACUUCUCCUGGCACGACGAACAGACCUGCGGCGGAUUUCUCUGGAUACGCCAGACUUUACAGACAUUGUACUGCACGCCGAAGACAUUCGGCAUGCUAUCGCCAUCGAUUACGACCCUGUGGACGGUCACAUCUAUUGGACAGAUGACGACGUGCAGGCUAUCCGGCGCUCUCAGCUGGAUGGCAGCGAGUCGCAGCUUCUCGUCACUUCACAGGUAAACCAUCCAGAUGGCAUCGCGGUGGACUGGAUUGCACGGAACCUUUACUGGACUGACACCGGCACGGACCGCAUCGAAGUGACACGCCUCAAUGGCACCAUGAGGAAAAUACUGAUCUCUGAGGACCUGGAUGAGCCUAGAGCUAUUGUUCUGGAUCCUGUCGCAGGACACAUGUACUGGACUGACUGGGGGGAAACGCCAAAGAUUGAGCGUGCCGCUUUGGAUGGCACAGAGCGAGUGGUAAUGGUGAACACUUCUCUAGGCUGGCCCAAUGGACUAGCACUCGACUACACAGAAAGAAAGAUCUACUGGGGAGAUGCCAAAACUGACAAGAUCGAGAUGAUGAAUAUGAAUGGAACAGACCGGAGGAUCCUGGUUGAGGACAAACUCCCACACAUAUUCGGCUUCACCCUCCUGGGCGACUUUAUCUACUGGACAGAUUGGCAGCGACGGAGCAUUGAGCGUGUGCACAAGUCUACAGCUGAAAGAGAAGUGAUCAUUGACCAGCUGCCUGACCUUAUGGGCUUGAAGGCCACAUACGUCCACCAGGCAUUUGGGACGAACGCAUGUGCAGAGAACAACGGAGGCUGCAGUCAUCUGUGCUUGUACAAGCCGCUGGGCGUGGCGUGUGGGUGCCCAAUCGGACUGGAGCUCAUGGGCGACAUGAGCACCUGCAUCGUGCCCGAGGCCUUCCUGCUUUUCUCACGCCAUACUGACAUCCGACGCAUUUCACUUGAGACCAACAACAACAACGUGGCCAUCCCGCUUACUGGCGUCAAGGAGGCAUCAGCGCUCGAUUUUGACGUUACUGACAACCGAAUUUACUGGACAGACAUAACACUAAAGACCAUCAGCCGGGCGUUCAUGAACGGCAGUGCACUGGAGCAUGUGGUGGAGUUUGGCCUGGACUACCCAGAGGGCAUGGCGGUGGACUGGCUAGGGAAGAACCUCUACUGGGCAGACACUGGAACAAAUCGCAUUGAGGUAGCUAAGCUGGAUGGCCAGCACAGGCAAGUUCUGGUGUGGAAGGACCUGGACAGCCCACGGGCACUGGCACUGGACCCUGCCGAAGGUUUCAUGUACUGGACUGAGUGGGGUGGAAGACCCAAGAUUGACCGUGCUGCUAUGGAUGGCACAGGUCGUAUUACUCUUGUGCCCAACGUGGGCCGUGCCAAUGGGCUUACCAUCGACUAUGCUGAGAGGCGGCUAUACUGGACAGACCUGGACACCACCCUCAUUGAAUCUUCUAACAUGCUUGGUCUUGAGCGUGAAGUCAUUGCAGACGAUUUGCCACACCCCUUUGGGCUCACACAGUACCAAGACUACAUCUACUGGACAGACUGGAGUCAGCGCAGCAUUGAACGCGCCAACAAAACCAGCGGGCAGAACCGAACACUCAUACAGGGCCACCUUGACUACGUCAUGGACAUCCUAGUGUUUCACUCCUCACGUCAGGGCGGCUGGAAUGCCUGCGCCUCCACCAAUGGCCACUGCUCACACCUGUGCCUUGCGGUGCCCGUCAGCAGCUAUGUGUGCGGUUGCCCAGCCCAUUACUCUCUCAAUGAUGACAACAAAACCUGCAGCGCACCCACCUCCUUCCUGCUGUUCAGCCAAAAGUCAGCCAUCAAUCGCAUGGUGAUGGAUGAGCAGCAGAGCCCUGAUAUCAUCCUCCCCAUUCACAGCCUGCGCAAUGUAAGAGCCAUCGACUACGAUCCACUCGACAAGCAGCUCUACUGGAUCGAUUCGAAGCAGAACGUCAUUCGGCGAGCCCAGGAAGAUGGCAAUCAGAGUAUGACUGUGGUGUCUAACUCGGUGGGAGGGCACCACUUAGGCCUGCAGCCGUUUGACCUGAGCAUCGACAUCUACAGCCGCUUUAUCUACUGGACCAGCGAGGUGACCAACGUGAUCAACGUUACACGCCUGGAUGGAUCACGUGUGGGAGUCGUGCUGCGCGGAGAGCACGACAAACCCCGUGCAAUUGUGGUCAACCCAGAAAGGGGGUACAUGUACUUCACUAACCUGCAGGAGCGUUCCCCUAAGAUCGAGCGUGCGGCUCUUGAUGGAACAGAGCGAGAAGUGCUGUUCUUUAGUGGCCUGGGCAAACCUGUUGCUCUUGCUAUCGACAAUGAGCUAGGCAAACUCUUCUGGGUCGACAUGGACCUCCGUCGCAUAGAGAGCAGCGACCUUUCUGGUGCCAAUCGGAUCGUGAUCGAGGACUCUAACAUCCUCCAGCCAGUGGGCUUGACUGUGUUCGGGAAUCAUUUGUACUGGAUUGAUCGGCAGCAGCAGAUGAUAGAGCGCAUUGACAAGAUAACACGUGAGGGCCGAACUAAAAUCCAGGCCCGCAUUGCUUCACUCACUGACAUCCAUGCUGUCCAUGACCUCCACAUAGAUGAAUACAACAAACACCCCUGUACCUCGGAUAACGGAGGCUGCUCCCACAUUUGUAUAGUGAAAGGAGAUGGCACAACACGCUGCUCCUGUCCUGUUCACCUGGUCCUGCUGCAAGAUGAACUUUCUUGUGGAGAGCCGCCCACCUGUUCUCCAGAGCAGUUCUCCUGCGCCUCAGGUGAGGUGGACUGCAUUCCACAAGCAUGGCGCUGCGACGGGUAUGCAGAGUGCGAUGACGAUAGCGACGAGCGGGACUGUCCUGUUUGCUCAGACCAAGAGUUCCAAUGUGACAGCAAGCAGUGCGUGGACCUUUCACUGCGCUGCAAUGGAAAGAUCAACUGCCAGGACCGAUCAGACGAGAACAAGUGCGAAGUUUAUUGCCCACUGGAUCAGUUUACCUGCACCAAUGGUCAAUGCAUCGGCAAACACAAAAAGUGUGACCACAAUAUGGACUGUACAGACAAUUCGGAUGAAAUCGGCUGCUACCCCACAGAAGAGCCCUCGCCCCAGCCAACCAACACCAUUGGCUCAAUUGUAGGCGUGGUCAUGACACUCUUUGUGGUCGGCGCUAUUUACUUUGUGUGCCAGAGGGUCCUGUGCCCGCAGAUAAAUGAAGAUGAUGAGGCCAUGACCAACGACUUUGUUGUGCACGCUCCGUCUUCUGUGCCACUGGGCUAUGUGCCACAUCCCAGCUCUUUGUCAGGGUCUCUGCCAGGCAUGUCUCGUGGGAAGUCUGUGAUCGGCUCCUUGAGCAUUAUGGGUGGGAGCAGUGGACCUCCAUAUGACCGUGCCCAUGUCACAGGCGCUUCCUCCAGCAGCUCAUCCAGUACCAAGGGCCCUUACUUCCCUCCUAUCCUGAACCCGCCCCCGUCUCCUGCUACAGUGCGCUCCCAGUACACAAUGGAGUUUGGCUACUCGUCCAACAGUCCAUCCACACAUCGCUCAUACAGCUACAGGCCGUACAGCUACCGCCACUUCGCACCUCCAACCACACCAUGCAGCACAGACGUCUGUGACAGUGACUACACGCCAGGUCGCCGGGCACAGCCGGCUUCCUCCAGUGCCAUAGCCAAGGGCUAUGUCAGCGAUGCCAACUAUGACUCAGAGCCCUUCCCACCCCCUCCCACACCCCGCAGCCAGUACCUGUCAGCUGAGGAGAACUGUGAAAGCUGUCCACCCUCACCAUACACAGAGCGCAGCUACUCUCAGCAUCUCUACCCCCCGCCCCCUUCACCUUGCACCGACUCAUCCUGAGCCCUGUCAGUCACAAACAGAACACUGCCCCUCACUGCCAUCCUGUUCAGUGUAAAUAGCAUUUGUGCAAAGACUGACUUCAAACAAACAAAAAAACUAAGGGAGAGUGACUGUGCUGUUCUGUAAAGAACAAAAAUAAGUAGGUGAAAAGAAGAGACAGUUUGGCAUGCAAAGGGGGUGAAUCUUUGUUUAAAAAAAAAAAUCAUAUUUAUAUAUUUUCUAAACAGCGUUUAUUGGUUAUGCCAUAGAGUUUUGUAUUAUUGAAAGAAAUUUGUACAUUUUUUAAAGAAAGUUUUAUUAAAUUCACACAGAAA